AUAUUAUUGUCAUUUCUUGAUAAUUAUAUGAUUAGAAACAUUAAUACAAAAAAAUAAUCUUAGUUAUAUAAAAUUUCUAGAAAAUCCUAGAAUUUUCUGGAAAUUUUUAAAUAAAAUUUUGAAUACAAUCGCUAUCCUUUAAUUCUUUGAUCAGGCUUCUUAUAAAAUUCAUAUACGGAAUGAUGAUCGAGUUCCUAGAAAUUACGCUACAAGUCAUCGGUUUUUACACGAAAUUUGGCAUUUGAAAUCUUUAUAUCAUUUCUUAUCAUUUCUAUAUUUCAAAAUUUUUCCAAGUUGUGGUAUAAUUUCAUAACAUUUUAAACAAUUUUUCAUAGAUUUUUUAAUCUAAAUUCUUGUACAAAUUAUCAAUAAGAUUCUUUUUCACUAGAACGGCGUUGAAGAACUCGUUAAAUCGCAGUUAUUCCCCCCCUUUCAAAACUCGAAGCAACAGUUUGACAUCCCGCCGAGCGGCUCUCGAGCCGCCGCUCUCGCGAGAAGGAGAUCUUAUUCUACAUUCUCCUAAUGGACCCACAAUUCUUAGCGAUCGCGAGGUUCUCUCGCCGUAGGGUUCUAUCGCGCGGCGAAAGUAGCACGGGGCGAGCUUUAUGAUCGGUAGCGUCAUUCCGCGGCGCUUAUAAAUAAGGACCGCACGGUCUCUCGCGCCUUUCCACCGUCUUCCCGUCUAUUUUCGACGGGAACAGGAAGAGCGCUCUCGCACGCGAGCGGUCGCGCAUGCCCGCCUACUCCCGUCUCUCGACGCGGCGGCGGCGUCGCGACGCCUUUGCAACUCGUGCGUGUACUCAAUACACGCACACGGGCAUCCGCCGUAAAUACGUACGGCGAAUGCUCGUCACCGAAAAUAAUUCGGCGCGCUAUCGCCGAAGUCUCGAAGCGCGCGGCGCCCGACGAGCUUCUCGCGCUCUCUCGCGCGGCGAAGAGGCGACCUCGCGAGGUCGCGCGAACGGAUUCCCGUCGCCUCGCAGAGGCGAGGGCGAAAAGGCGAUCGAGAGUGCGCCGGGAACGCGAAUCUGUGGUUUCCUCUCCCGCGUCGGUGAUCCAAAUACUAAAAUAAUAAGAGGGAAGGAAGGCGCGUCGUUCUCGCGUUUGGACGUAAUCGCGAAGCACCGAUUAAUCGAAACGCUCCGUCGAGAGUCUUUCAAUACCCUGGUUACCAAACCAUUGGUGUACUGGUGAAUGGUGAAGAAGUAGCGUAAUUCCAGUUUGUGUCGGAAACAAAAAGACUUGGCAAUUUUGUAAGGAAGAACUUGGAAAAUAUAAUUUAAGAGUAAAAAUAAAAAAGUAGGAAUAUUCAGGAUGCAACAUCGUUUUCCUCUUCCUAUCCGGAUGAACUGGCGUGGAAGACGUUCAGGCGGUUCGUAACAAAGGAGUCGUGCUCCGCGGAAAACAAAGAGAUACUUAAAUAGGCGACACUCGACAUAUCGCAGCAAGUGUUUCACGCUACGAUGAGAGCUGGUGAAUCGUUCUUUUAAAUACAUCGAACCACGUUCGUUCGAGACAGAAAGGAAACUAGAAUAAAGAAGAAACUUGAUGAAGUAAUCAUAUAUGAAGAUUGUAGAUGGCGAUCGAGGGUCUCAGCGCCAGAUAAAUAAAUAGAGAAAUUGACAUUUGUUCUUUUGUACUUUUUGUGCUUUUCCGGUUCUUACGGUGCAAGAAGAAAAGUGCGGAGAAACGACUUUAGAGUGCACAUUCGCGCCCAUUACCGCAGGCGCGCGUUCUCGCUUCCCAUAAUAUUUAUACGAUCGGAUGUUUACGGGAGGAAUCAACACUUCGCUUGUACCAUCAAUUUAUAGAUCGCAUUUCCGUUUACCGGAGCAUACAGAAACAAAUCCGACAAGGAACAUUUAUUAUGGUACAAACAUUUGGACAAAGGUAUUCGGACCUCUUCCAAAUACCAGUGGCAUAAAAGAAUCUUUUAAAAUCGAAGAAGCUCGAUACGCGCGUAAUGGUGAUGAAAUAAAGAAAAUCACCUUAAUAAAAUCGAAACUUUGAUCUUCCCUUUUCGGCUAAAGCAGAAUAUAAAAUGAAAUUAUAUAAUAAAUUAGAACAAUAAAAGCGUUUGAAUCGGAGAAGAUAUUCGACAGACAUCAAAGUCGCUGGAAUUUUAUGGACAGCAUAACCGCACGUAACGACGACAAGUUACGGCGCCGUCGUUUCGGUAAAACCGCAUAAAAGAUGACAGCGUCGUUAAACUGCCAUGAUUGUCGUUCGUUAAAUAUCGCCCGUCACGGAGUUCCGCGGAGUGUCUAGAUCUCGCGCGUCAUCCCCGCUCAGCAGAUCGUGUCCGAUGGCGAAGGAUAAUGCCCGGCCGGCCGAGGAAUCCGGUGCGUACGAGGCCGAGAGGAAGACCGGUGACAGGUCGGCGAGCCGGUCGCGAGAUCAAAGAGGAGGCCCCAGGGUCAAGGACAAGCUCGAGGAGGGUCGGCUUCCGACCCCGCCCCCGGAUCCUCAGUGUUGCCCGCCGGUCGCGCGGGAUCAUCGCUCGGCGGUGACGUCGGCCCGCGCCGGAGGACCGGAAGACGAGGAGGAGGAUCUCGCGGCCUACCUCGGCGAGCUCGGCGCGUCGCCGUUCGAGGGCCACUCGUUCGACUACGACACCACCCCGAACUCUAUGACCUCGGCGACGGGGGGCGACGCGACCCCGCACUUCACCGAGGAGGCGUUCGAGCACCUGGACCGGCUGUGCGCGCUGACGGAGCAGAUCCUGGAGCUGCGUACGCGCAGCUCCGAGCACUUCCGGCGCGUGCGGAACCUGGAGCGCGUGAAGGUGCAGCGGAACGCCGACCGGCGGCUGGAGAUCGCUCUGGCGAACGGCGAGGAGCUGCAUCAUGACUUCCUCGACGAGGACACCGGCUUCGCGGAGUCGUUGCUGGACGCGAUGCUCUCCAACUGCCGGGACGUCGCGUCCUCGACGCCGAGGAGGAGCGAGCGUUCGAGCGUCAUGCGAUCGUCGGCGUCGUCGUCGUCGUCGUCGAGACAGCGAAGCCGAUCGCUCGUGCCGGCCGAGCAGAAUCUCGGCUCGCGUCUCGUCGAGCGAACGGGCGAGGCGGACAAGCGCGACGUCAGGAACGCGAGCCGCAACGGUGGCCCGAAGGUGAGCAAGUGGACCAGGGUGAAGGCGGCCUUCAGGUGGGAGCGCGCGUGCACCAACGAUCUCGCGGACAUCGCGGAAUCGGACACGCCGGCGAUCACGUCGUCGUCGCCGCCGACGACGACGAGGUACCUGCGUAUCCCGGACGCGACCACCGCCGGAAGCUGGAGCACCGGAUCGGCGCUGUCGCCCUGCACCAGCGAAGUCUCCAGCCCGUCCACGCCGAUCGGUAGAGUGUCGUCCGCGUCGUCGUCCAACGACGAGGUGUUUGACGAUUCGCGCAAAAAUAUCAUGAACUAUCCGGACCGACAAUCACCUUUCAUGAAGGAUGAUAAAAAAAAGGACGAUUCAGAUCGGUAUGGUCGAUUGCUCGAUCGCGACACUUCCGUCACGGAGAGUGCUGAUUCCAUAGAAUUUUCUAGUGAGGCAAACCGCGUUAAACCACUGAUUCGCAUUAUAUCGGACGCGGACGCGACAAUGCACGCUGCAGGCGGAAGCGGGAAAGAGCCGGAAGCGUCGCCGGCGAAGAGACCGAUGCCGACUCUGACGAUCACGAUACCGUCGAACGAGGAGGAAAUGAGAAGUCUGUCAUCCCCGGAAUCGAUGUCUCCUCUUCCGUCGAGCGCGCAGGAUUCCGGCGGAAGCUCGCCGCAACGUCCCAGAGUGCGGCCGGACGUUUUGAGCCUGAAGGAAUUCAAACGACAGUAUUCGACGAUCGAGGAAGCGGUAACGCCAACGCCAAAGAUACAACAGCAGCAAGAUUCGAAAUGGAACAAGGUCAGGCGCGCCUUUCUGACAAACUCCACCUUCAGCGUUCCACCGAGCCCGAUUAGAGCGGCCGCGGCGCAAUCGUUCGCGAACGAUGAUACGCGCCGAGCUCGCAGCUGUAGCGAAAGCGUCGAGGAUCUCGGUAAAACCGUUGCAGGUACCAACAGUAAUAACAACAACGACAACAACAACGGCAGCUAUCGUCGGGAGGCACGCAGGGAUUACCAGGCGCUGCGGGAGAAGUUCGGCGCCGAGUUUCAGCGGAAGCUGAUCGAGUGGGAGCGACUGAAGGGCCCGCAGAACGCCGUACGGAACGGGCUGCCGUUGAACGAGGAGCGGCUCGCGCCCGAGUUCCGGAAGAAGCUGCAGGACUGGAAACGUGCGAAGAAGGGUCGCCGGUCCAGCGUGGCCAUCGAGCAGCAGCGGGUCAGCCGCCGACGGUUGACCGACUGGCAGCUCUGGCGCACCUCCUCGAAGCCCGAGUCCAGGUGUUACGGCAAAAAUCAGAGCUCGAUCGGCUCGCGCGGCAGCUGCGCGAGCAUCGGCAGCGCGGGCAGCUUCGGCAGCGACGGGAAGCAGCAUCUCUGCGAGGAUUUCAUCAAGAGGAUGGAGGCGUGGAGGAGGAUGAGCGAGGCCGCGUGUCGAGGCGGCGAGAGACCGAAAUCGCCGACGACUAAUCGCGUCGCCGUGUCUGAGAUCGACGAAACGGAGUUUCUCGCUCUGGAAAAGCUCCUUCUGCUGUUCGGCCAGAGGACCAGGAAGGAACUGCGAGAGAGUGACGCGAGGCAGCUGAACGAUUGCUUCGAUGGCGAUUCGAGAUUCAUGGCUGCAUCUCGAGGCGUAAACUGCGGCAACGAAGUGUUGAUUCGCACGUCCGUCGGCUCCUACCGUUUCGAGGGUAUAUCUCGAGAAUUUACGAGGAAGCUGUACGACUGGGAGAAAUACCGCGGGAUAUCGCCGAGGUCCUCCACGUUCCGCCUCUUGGCCCCGGGCUAUACGCCAUUCAAGCAAGACUCGAACGGAGCUACACUGGCAGAGACAAGUACGACGAGCAAGAGUCACGCAUUCCACUGGACCCUAAAGCGAUCCAAGUCCGACGGCAGCGUCUUCGAAGGUAGCCUUCGUGACGAAUCGUUCACCCUACGUCGCUCCGCGAGUCUCCAAUCUCUCACCUCCGCAGACAAGCUUGAGGACGACACUCGGAUGGACGUCUUACCGGUAUCCAAUAAUGCACAGAGGAUCAAAGAUCCCGAGGACACGGCGGUGGAAGACUCCGAGCCCGAGGCGAUGAUCGUCGACAUCGAGGACGUUAUCGAGGAGACCGCCAGCCCCUUGACGGGGGUGCAACCCCAUCAGACGCCGGUGUACUCCGUCGCGGCCAGCGAGACCACCAGCAUCGCCGUGCCUCUGGGCACAGUCACCUCGAGCCACGAGCCCUCGCCGGUGUUUUUGGUUAAAGCCGAGGAGGACGAAGUCUGCGAACGAUGGAACGGCGGGAAGCACGGCCCAAGGGAAGCCUUCUCGAACGAGAACAGCCCGAGUCCGGAAUAUUUUCCGGUAUCCGAGGACUGGUGCGAAAGAGCGACGUCUUUGGACGAGGAGGAUAAGCCGAGCUGGGAGUCGACCUGGCGCAGGGAGGACGACGGCUCCGCGGGAUGGGCCGAGAGAAAGCGACGCUCGAUCCCGGAUUCCAACGAUUCUGUGAAGUCCGAUCGCUCGGUCGGAUGGAAUCGUGACAUCUGGGACGAGUCGGGCGACGAAACGAACAGAGAUUCGCUGGGACUCGAAUUGCCUUCUACACCUGUCUGCGAAAGUAACGAUGCAAGGAAACAAGAUUCUCUCGAAAGUGAUAACGUCGGGUCUACGAACUUUGCGAAGAGUCUCGGAACCUCAUCAACGGCUUCGAAUGCGGAAGAACUUCUGGACCCACCGCACACGUGCAAGGGGUUGGACGAGACGCGUGAGGAGAAGCUCCAGGAUCUCGCGGAUGAAUCAUCGAACAACGAGCGCACGAGCGAGGCAAGGGGUCUCCAAGACGACGAAGACGACGAGAGGGCCAAAGAACGGAGGGAGAUAAUUCUCAACGCGGAUUUUUGCGCUUAUCAAUUAACAAGUACGGUACCAUUGCGGGAACGCUGCGAUUCCGAGGAAACCUUAUCGAAAUUGUCAAAUUUAAAUUCAGAUGAUAAAGAUGUGUCGGAGUGCCGCGGCUUUGACAGCGAAAGCGAGGCUUCGGCGCAUUACGAGAGUUGCGGUUCGCCCGAGUUGCAGACCGACGCGGAUCGGCACUACGAAAUUCUCACGUUCAAAACCGACACGUGCUGCGACACGGCGGACAAUCGCCUGUACGAGCCAGUCGAUUGCCAGGAAAUUCGCGGCACGUCCUACGACGGCAGAAGCAUAAACUGCGCGAGGCAGGUUUCCUCGUUGUCGAGAUUACCGGAAACUCCGAGAGGUCUCCUCAGCAAUUCGACGGUGCAGACAACCCCUGUGACAGUCUCCGGUAGCAAUGAAGCGCGCCGCUUGGAGAGAAUUCUUAUCAACGAGGAGACCCUGAACAAGGUAAUCGUUCCCACGGCGUGCGCGGAAAGCGGCACGAAACCUGCGGCGAGAACUCGGAAUCGUUUCGCAAGUGUUAAUCUCCCUGAUGAGACCGCGGCCGUCAACAACCACACGUCUAAACGAAUAAUUCGCGACCAUCAGGUCGAGUGCGCUAAGAAGGACGGUCCUUCAACUAGAAACGUGUUCGUGAAGACGAAGCGCAUGAUCUUCGGCCCGUUCCGUCGCUCGGAAGACCGACCGUCCUCGAGAAAGCAGAGCGACAGCUCCAUCAACGGUCGACCUCCACGUUCGUCGAAAUCCAAGAGCAAGUCGAGAUCGGCGUCGCCGAAAUCGUGCCGGCAGGACGCUCUGUUGCGGGUAUCGUUGUCGCUGCCGUGGCCCCUGCGCUCCGCGUCGAAGAACGGCGAGACACCCUCCGAAAGCGAAUCCAGAAGAGGCUCAGGGAGCAAGGCGGAAGAUGCGACAGCAACGCAGGAGAAAAUCUCACCACGCGAAGAGAGCAGCGUGGAAAGUAAGAGACUAAACAGACAGCCAAGUAAUAAAGAAUCACCGCCAAUCUCUGAGCAACUAGAGAAAUCAAAGCCAACGAUGCUCGAGCGGAAUGAAAGCGCACGUCGAGUACGAGACGAGCUUAAACGCAAUCAAACGCGAGAUGAUGAUGAUGAUGAUGACGAACACGACCAAGUCAAGAGUAGUCAGGUGCAAUUUGAAGGGAGGCGUGACCCGGGGCGAAACCGCAGUCAGAGACGAGAGGAAGUCCGGCGAGAGGAGAUGAAGUUCGGAAACCGGAAGCAGGAGGACGAGGCAAGGCGGCAAGACGAGAAUCACGCGCGAUACGACGCGGUACCGUCCGACCUGAUGCACAAGCUCAGGAUACUCUCGGACGCCGCGGCGAAGAGGGAAGGUCGAGCGACAGAAUCCUCCGCGGCGAUCACCAGUUUGGAGUCGCGCUCCUCCAGGAUACGGCGCGCCAAGGAGAGCUUCCUGUCGCGGCGGGGCGGUCCCUUCUGCCGCUCGACGAUGGAACUGACGGACGUCAAUUUCGAAGAUCCCUGGAGACGAACGUCAACAACUCGGAUAGACAAAUCGGGUUCGCACGAGGUCGUAGCGGCCACUUCGAAUUCGGAAGGCGCGAGAAAUUGUACGAAAGCGACGACGUUGAGAACCGUGGAAAACGAAGUCGCGUCCCUUGUCCCAGGCGAGGAGAUCAAGAUCGACGAUCAGGCUCGCCGGGAAGGAGAUCAGGCGGUCGACGUUGCCGACGUUCGAGCGGAUUCCCUGGUGAAGUCGGCGAGCGCCGGCAUGAUCAACGUGGAUCCCGACGCGUUCGAUCGGCUGGGCACGGUCGAUCGCGGGUGCGAGUCUCUGCCGAGGGCGAUUGCGAAGCGCCGCGACUCCACCUCGAGCCCGCUGGCGAAGAUCGUCGGCAAACUGAAGCUUUCGCGGUUGAUCCGCGCCCGGAACGUCGACGGCGGCGGCGGCGGCGGCGGCGGCGGCAGCAUGAGCACGAUCACGACGUUGUGCAGGCAGAGUCUGUUGAUCGAUAUGCGAAACGAUCGCGGAAAUCGACGAGGUAACGAUGAAGAGGAGACUGGGAAUGGUCCGGAGGAUGAUACCGAUGACGACGAUUAUUCGGAUGGAUCUUCAAAAACGAUUCACGAAUGAAUCCGUUUCUCUAAGAAUCGAGAGAUUAUUUAUGCCAUAUUCCAGAUGUCUGUGAAUUUUUUAAAAGCUCUUUCUUAGGUUUGCUUUGACCUUAUAACAAUGACAAGUAAUCUACAAGCUAAUUAGAAAGUAACAUGUAAUUAAAUGUCUUAAAAGUUGCAUUUGUUAAUUAAAUCGUGUUUGCUACAAUAGAGAGAAUAAUACGUUUAAUUUUAUGAUUAUGAUAUGUCGUUAAUUGACUAAUAGUUAAAAAAAAAACUAAAAUACAAAGCACACAUUGUCGUGAUGUCUAAGUUUCGUGCUUUUAUUUUAUUUAUAAAUUCUUCCUCCAAUUGGAAUUGAAUUUAGUUAACUUAUUUAUUAACAAAACGUUAAAAAAGCUCGGAUUAACGUAAAUAAAACGUGAAUUAAACCUCUUGGGAGUUGACAAGUAACAAAAUACAAUUUUACAUAUUCGUAACGACUAUUUAUAACAAAAUAUUUAAAAUAAAGGGCAAGAUAUAGCUUCGCAGCAAAGUUAUUAUAAUAUAGUCUAUUUCUGUAUCAGUAUCAGUUAUCAGUAUCAGUUAAAAAUUCAUUUAAUCUCAACACGAUUAAUUCUGCGAUUAAACUCAAGUUUUUGAAAGAA